AGCUGACGCAAAGGCCGUCGGGAAAUCAGAGCCGACAGGCGCUUGGAGUUGUUGACAUCGUAAGAGUGGAUACUGUUUUGACAGUUACUGAUCCCCAUUAACCAUGUCUUUUGAUGGACACGAAGCACCAGCAUACAUUGAAGCCCAGUUACCUCCGUAUGAGCCACCUCCCCUAUGGAUACCACCAGAACAGCGCAAAAACAACCCGGAUUAUAACAAUGACUUGACUAUGUUUCUUCCUAGGACAGUGUUGCUACAAAGACAUUCUCAAGCAGAUCAGCUUGGUUUCAACAUUAGAGGUGGUAAAGAGCAUCACUGUGGUAUAUACAUUUCUAAGGUCACACAUAGUGUUGCUGCCAGACUGGGGUUAAAAGAGGGAGACCAGAUCUUGGCUGUUAAUAACAUUAGUUUUGAAAACAUAGACCAUGCCUAUGCUGUGAAAACAUUGAAGACAAUAACAGAUGUUCAGAUGACAGUGCGAUAUUUCCCCUAUGGUUAUGAUAGGACAUAUGACAAGACACGAUUCAUCGCAGCAAUGCAGAACUCUGGACGAAGAUGACAUGCCAAACUCAUUCUUAGUUUAAUAUCUACAUAUAUAUACAUACAUACAUACAUGCUCCUUUCAUGUCUGACAUUUGUCUCUAGCUCAAUGCUCCCACCUCCACAAGAAUACAUAAUGAAUUAGGAAUAUUCAGGAUGCUCUCUUUUCUAUCUCAGUGUCUUCCAGUGACAAGAAGAUCUUGUCGAGCAGGAAUCGAAAUGAAUAGUGUGGGUAGAGUAUAUAUCAUGACAGUCAGGACAAAAUACAUUUUUUUAACCAUUCACUUAACAAAGACCCUGAAUGCGUGUCAUCACAUUUUUGUCAGAUGUCACAGUUUUUGCAUAUUUUUUUUUUCAAUUUUCUCCUCAUACCAGAGAAUUUAUAAGAGGGACAUUUUGAGGUCUUGCUGUACAUUUAGGUACAUGACAACCCUUUUUUUGUACUUAAAGAUUUUAGAGCUUUGUGUUAAGCGUUUUUAAGUAAAAUGGAGUGAAAAAGAAACUUCUUGAUGUUGUCUCCUUUCUGCCCUAUUUUUUUGUUAUUACAAGCAGAGAUUGUCAAAUGGACUUGACCAUUAUAUUCUUCAAGUGUAAUUGCUCAGGAGACCUGGUUUCCUCCUGCCAUAAUGCAGGCUGCAUGUGUAUAAAUGAAAUAUUGACUGACAUAAA